UCCGCAAGGCGUAUAAGAAGGCCGCUCUAAAGUCACAUCCGGAUCGGCAUGCAGCGGCGCCUGCUGCCAAUGGUGUAGAUCCAGGCGAGGAGUUCAAAAAGGUUAACGAAGCCUACACUGUUCUCAGUAAUCCAUCCAAUCGAAAACUCUAUGAUACGUACGGGGGUUGGCCGCCUCCUGAAGACUUCGGCGCACCUCCGCCGAACGCAACUUUCGCCCGCUCGGGCACACCACGGAGGGCCACGGAUGAAUUUGUCUUCGUGGCUGAUCCCUUCUUUGCCAUGCCCGGAUUCUUCGAUUUUGACAUGCCAAUGCCUCCCUUCCCUGCGUUCCCAGAACUUCGGGUUCCCCAACCUGUCUUUUCGGAGCCGCCACCAGUCUUCCUAGUUUCGGAGCCCCUCAGUAUGUUUGACUCCGUGUUCACACAGCAGCCGGGUGGAUUGGCAAAAGGAAUGGAAGAACCUUUCUUCUUCCUUGAUCCGCAAGGAGGGAAUCCAUUCCGCCGCCAACGUCACUACCGCCGUUCCGAUCCGUCUGGUGUUCAUGACCAUGCCUCAUAUUCCAGUCAACCUCCAUCUGGCCAGACUUCAAGGCAAUCCAGUCGAAGCUCAACCCGCCAUAAUUCUGAUGCCCCACACCCUAUCUGGGUAGAGGAGAAAACCAUCAAACAUACAGUGAAUGGGAAGGAACAAAGAUACACCAUGCAGAAGGAUGUGGAAGGAAACGUAUAUGAAACAAUCGAAGUGCCAGGAGAGAGCAAACGAUACAUUGUGAAUCACGUUACGAUUCUUCCCACUUCAGAAGGCGUUCGCAUCCCUGGGGAACAGCCACACGACUCCCGCCGUCAUGAGAAGUCUCGCGAGAAGGCGCGAACAAGGGAAAGCAGCCGUGUAAGAGAUCACGAUCACGAUCACAAGCAUCCAGAUGCCUCGCGCCGUUCAUCAGAUGGGUUACGUCAUCCGAGUUCAAAGUAUCCUGCGGCGCCUCCCCCGCCACUUCCGCGUAACCCGUUUCAGCAGCCCCCGACAGCCGGCCCUGGGAUUCCUACUUUCUACCCACCAGCGCAACCUUAUCCACCAGCGCAUCCGAUUGUGCCACCUCAGGCCCCCCAGCCACCACCUCAGAGUCAUCCUAUGAUCCCUAAUCCUUAUGGUAAGCUUUUUCGCUGGUUGCAUACCUAUCGUUAGUCAAUGCCAUUCUGCCUAGAGCACGCUAUUCCACGGACAGAUAAGAAGUGGUGGAAGCGUAGAGCCGCAGCCGCCCCAUAAGUAUCACAGGAGACAUUUGUCCUUCUUGCUCCGUACGAGAUAGUACUUCUCCGGAUCUAGAUAUUUUGUGUUGAUAUUCGGUUGUUUUUCUUGUACGUUACCGCUAACUUCUUAUUCAUAAUGCGUUUGGACUUGUGAUAGAUGUG